AUGGGCGAUGAGCAUUGGGCCGCUGGCGUCCGCGAGUACCGGGCAGAGGCCCGAAAGAACGACCAAACCACCGCCGGCCUGGCGUGCUUCGAGCAAGCCGUGUCCGUGACAGACCAGAAGGACCCAGCCCGGCUCCUCUUCUUGGCGACCCUUCUCUACCGCGCCGGGCGGCACCAAGAGGCGGAGGCUUACUACUACCAGGUGCUGGACAGCGCGCCUUUGUGUGGGCAUGGCUACUUGGAGCUGGUGCUGUUCCUCGAAUCCUCUGGGAGGCGUGAGGAGGCCCGCGCUGUGGCGCGGCGCGCCAUCCACGCCGGCGCCUUGUGGGCGGACGAGUGGCAGAGGUGCCCCAUCUUUGUGAAAGGCCUAACGGCCCGCGCCUGGUGGGCCAAGCAGGACUUCCCGUGGGCGUCGGACUUGGAGAAGGCCUAUCCGGACAUCAAGGCGAGGUCCGCGACGUCGCGCGGUUAG